AUGACGCAGUUACUAGAAAAAUGCAGUAAAGAGGUUGAAGUGUUGAAGGAAGAAGUGAAGGAUAUGCUAGUACUAGAUCAAGACGAUGUUGGAGGUGGUAAAUCAGGAGCAGAGAUUGAAGAGCUUUUGGAGAACAUGAACGCCAUGGUGUUUUCUACCUCUUCCAGAAAGAGAUUGAAGAGCUUUUGGAGAACAUGUUUCCAAAGUAUGAGGAAUAUUAUAGUCAUGUUUUCCAUGAUAAUUUGUUCAUGUUGUCACUUCACUUUCGAGUUUUUAGGCAACAUGGCUAUGACUUGUCUUCCAAGUCGCCACUGCCUGUACGAACCACUCCAAAGGGAAAUUCCAAGAGUUGAAGCUAGGCAUUACAUUUCUGUUUAUGAAAAGGAUGCUUCUAGGAAUGAAAAGCUAUUUAGGCUUGCAAAAAUUGAUUUCAAUCGACUACAAAUGUUACACAAGGAAGAACUCUGCCAGAUCUCCAGGGAUUCUGUGUGGUGGAAAGACUGGGACCUACGGCCACAUAUUCCUUAUGUGAGAGACAGUGGAGUGCUUUUUCUAUUCUACAGCAAUGAUAUCUAUGAGGCUCAUGGUAUCUAUGAAGAACUCAAAUGUUUCACAAAUGCAGUGCAGAGGUGGGACAUGAAUGCGAUUGAUCAACUCCCAAAGUACAUGAAGCCAAUCUUCGAGGCUCUCUUAAAUGUUCAUGAUGAAAUUUACCAGGAGAUGGCAAAGAAAAAAUUAAACUACGGCGUCUAA